AUGUUCUCGAGAAGCUCCCAGCGAGCUGCGCAGGCUCUGCUGCGAAGCACACAUGCACCAUGCCAGCCAGCCUCCUCGAUAGCCGCUCGCUCAUACGCGACGGUAAAUGCGGAUAUCUUCAAGCCUACCAAGUUUGGCGGCAAGUACACAGUCACGCUGAUACCAGGUGAUGGUAUUGGUGCCGAAGUCUCCGAAUCAGUCAAGACUAUCUUCAAGGCCGACAAUGUCCCCAUCGAAUGGGAACAAGUCGACGUCUCCGGCAUGGAGACUGGCGAUAAGCACUCCGAAGAGCUAUUCCGCGAAUCCAUCGCCUCGCUCAAACGCAACAAGCUCGGCCUGAAAGGCAUUCUCCACACACCUGUCGAGCGCUCCGGUCAUCAGUCCUUCAACGUCGCCUUGCGACAAGAGCUCGACAUCUACGCCUCCAUCGUCCUUAUCAAGAACAUCCCUGGCUACGAGACACGGCACAAGAACGUCGAUCUCUGCAUCAUCCGUGAGAACACCGAAGGAGAGUAUUCCGGUCUCGAGCACCAGUCCGUCAGCGGCGUUGUCGAAUCGCUCAAGAUCAUCACCCGCACCAAGUCCGAGCGUAUCGCCAAAUUCGCCUUCGCCUUCGCGCUUGCGAACAACAGACGCAAAGUCACUUGCAUCCACAAAGCCAACAUUAUGAAGCUUGCCGACGGCCUCUUCCGUAACACCGUGAAGCGGGUCGGUGAGGAGUACCCCACCAUCGAAACAAACGACAUGAUCGUCGACAACGCCUCCAUGCAAUGUGUCUCCCGCCCGCAGCAAUUCGACGUCAUGGUGAUGCCCAACCUCUAUGGCAGUAUCCUAUCCAACAUCGGCGCCGGUCUCGUCGGCGGUCCCGGUAUUGUGCCAGGCUGCAACAUGGGCCGCGACGUCGCCGUCUUCGAACCGGGCUGCCGACACGUCGGGCUGGACAUCAAGGGCAAAGACCAAGCGAACCCGAUCGCCUUGAUCCUGUCUGGUAGCAUGAUGCUGCGGCACCUGGGGCUUGACGAUCAUGCCAACAGGAUCAGCAAGGCGGUGUACGAUGUGAUUGCGGAGGGCAAGGUGCGCACGCGGGAUAUGGGUGGCAACUCGUCGACGCAUGAGUUGACACGUGCUGUGCUCGACCAUAUGGAGGCUGCUUAG